UUUAGGUCUGAAUCAAGAUUGGAGUCUUAACAGCAGAUCUCCACAGUGAGAUAAAAAAACUGCUUUAACAUUCUUUGUUUCAGUCGCGCUUACAGGAGAAUGAAGAAGACAUUUGCAUGUGAUGAAUCAAUGAUCAUCACCAUUCCAAUCGGGAGUCUGAAAGACGCUGGAGAAGGUCAACUGAUGCCGGAAAAGUUUCAGUGUGUGUACAAAGAUUCCUACAAGGUCUUUGCUAUCAAAGGGAAACCUAAACCUCUUGGAGCAGCCCAAGCCAUCGCUGGUGUGUUCAUUCUCGUGCUCGGCCUGAUUUUUUCGGCGGCAGAAGAGUUCCACUUACUCUACACUCUGCCCAGUGCUCUGUUUGUGGUCUGUGGCAUCCUGUCCUAUGCAGCUGGACAGUUUCCAAACAUGCACGUGACCAAGCUGUCCUUCUCUCUGAACAUCGCCAGCCUCUUCUGGUCCAUUGCAGCAGUCGGUUUAUGCUUCAUCAAAGGUCAUGAUUCGCCAACGGAGAGCUCGAACAAGAUCCAUGAAGGAAUCAAGGGACUGAUUGUGACUCUGCUGGUUGUUGAAAAGUUAAUCGCCCUUUCCUUGAUCUACUGGUUGAGUAAAGCUGUGUGCAGACAACAUUUCAAUACUUUGCCCAUCAUACUGCUGAAACAUGGAGACUGAGGCUGAAUGAAGCUCAACCAACGAGCAACCACUUAUGUAUGGUACAUUAAAUCCUAUAUUCUAUUAAAAGUGUAAGAGUCAGUCAUGUCAAAUACCCCUCAAUAUACAACAUACACACAUGUGAAAUUAUCUUUUGUUUUCCUUUCAGAAGUAGCUAAACAAUGUGAAUUAGCCAGCUUUUAGAUGUAGGUUACCAAUGUGUGUACAUCUCCCCUUUGAAUUGCUUUGUUUAAUCAUUUUAGGACAAAAGAACCAGCAAUGACAAAAAGAGGUAAUGGUGUUUGUGAUCUCCACAUUUAAUGUUUGUCUCAACUCCUGGAAGUUUGGCUAAUAUUCUCAAACUUCUUCAAUUGUAACCAGUGUUGUUCUCUGUGAAUCACUUUGUAACUUUGUUUUUAGCAAAUAAAGAUGCAUAUUUAGUUUG